AUGGCGGAAUAUCUGGCAUCCAUUUUCGGUACAGAAAAAGACAAGGUCAAUUUCUUUUAUUUCAAAAUCGGCGCAUGCAGACAUGGAGACCGGUGUUCCAGAUUGCACAACAAGCCAACCUUCAGUCAGACCAUCUUGAUUCAAAACAUCUACCGUAAUCCUCAGAACAGUGCACAAACUGCGGACGUUUCCCGUUGUGCGGUCAGUGACGUGGAAAUGCAGGAGCACUAUGACGAGUUCUUUGAGGAGGUGUUCACAGAGAUGGAGGAGAAGUACGGAGAAGUCGAAGAAAUGAAUGUGUGUGAUAACCUGGGUGACCAUCUUGUUGGCAACGUCUAUGUCAAGUUUCGUCGGGAGGAAGAUGCAGAAAAAGCAGUCAUGGACCUCAACAACCGCUGGUUCAAUGGCCAACCCAUCCAUGCAGAACUUUCACCAGUUACUGACUUCAGGGAAGCCUGCUGCCGCCAGUAUGAAAUGGGAGAGUGCACCAGAGGUGGCUUCUGCAACUUCAUGCACCUGAAACCCAUAUCCCGGGAACUACGCAGGGAGUUAUAUGGGCGCCGCAGGAAAAGACAUCGUUCUCGCUCUCGAUCCCGAGAACGGCGCUCCCGCUCAAGGGAUCGACGACGGGACCGUGAGAGGCGGAGGUCGCGAGACAGAGAACGCUCUGGAAGAUUCUAAGGAUACCCCACC